AUGGGUAGUGAUUCUUUUCCUCUUUCCAUAUCAGUUGAUUCUGAUGACAAUGAUGAAGACAGAAGAGUGAUCCCUUUACUUAAUGAGACAGGAAAGAAUGACAAGGUAGAGGGGGAGAUUUUGGAGAGGUUAGAAAAGGGAAAGAGAGAUGACAUGGAUAGGAUGGAAGUGGUGCAAAGGGAGAUGGUGGAAACAUUGGAAGAUAGGAUUGUAAACAGGAUGGAAAGGGUUUUUCAUGAGAGGAUGGAUAGGUUGGAGGAUAAAAUGAUGGAGAGAAUGAAUAGCUUGGAGAAAAGAAUUGUGGAGAUCGAAGGGAGAGUUGUGGAACAAGAUGAUCAGAGGCUGACAAAUAAAUUGAAGAUGGAAGUAGGGGUUGUGGAGAGGAUGGAGAUUUUGACAAAUAAAUUGGUGGGGAGGAUGGAGAGGUUGACAAAUAAAAUUGUGAACAUGGAACGUGAACUAGACAAUAAAGUAGAAGAUGUUGAGAAUUAA